GAAGGUAGGUAAAACAUGCAACGGCUAAGGUCGAGCGGCGCCGCUCUACCAUGGAAAUCUUUAUGGUUUCUCCCUGCCCUGAGAGAGAGAGAGUCGCGUUAAAAGCGCAUACGACAAAAGACCGUCAGGGGAGAGCGAACGCCUUCCUGAGUUCUAGACCGGAAGUAGCCUCAUGGACUGCCAUAGACGCUGCUUUCCCAAACGGGCCGAGCGCGGCUGCUUCCGGUUCUUCCUUGCCCCCGCUUCCGGGGAGCUGAAAAAUCAGAUGUGACCCGGCUCGGACUGUGACAGAGCUGGAGAGGGGAGGGGGCUUCAGGUAAAUACCCCCCCCCCCGUCUUCAGUUGGGGAUUAUGCCUCCGCCCCUCUCCCUGUAUUAUUAUUAUUAUAUUAUUAUUAUUAUUAUUUAUACCCGCCUUUUCCCUUGACAGGGACUCAAGGCGGCUUACAGAUAAGAACCGCUAAAAGCAUAGGGGGCGCGCGCGCUUUGGGGGCGAGGCGGGGUGUCUUUAAAAAGGGCAAUUAAACAUGGAUAGAAUAUUCUCAAGGGAGAGAAAUGGCUGCCCACCUUGUUCUCUGCCUCCUGAAGGAGAGAAGCACCUUCUUUUAAAGCCUUCCACUUUUCGUCUCUGGUUUAGUUUCUGUGAGGGAGGUUGAGGAGGCAGUGGAAGUUUGGAAGUGCAGGCUUCUUUCCCCUCACUCCACCCCAUAAUAGCCAUUGCCAUUUACUGAUACUUCACUGCCACUAUAUUGCACCCCUCUCGGGUAGAUGUAGGGACAGGGCUGGCCUACCCAUGAGGCAAGGUGAGGCGACUGCCUUGGGUGGCAGGACCCCCAUCCAAUCCCAGUGUUGGUCCUCCCUUCCCUACUCCCUUGUUCCUGAUGUAGAUCUUUCCCUUGCCCUUUCAGCCUUUGCUUGAAAGGUGACCCAAAUAUCAUUGUAAUAGUCACAAUUAUUAUUACAUUUGAUGGAACCUACCCUUUGGAAUUCCCUCCCAUUAAUUAUUAGAUGGGGCAAUACCUCUGCUGCCGUUAUUAUUAUUAUUAUUAUUAUUAUUACUACAGUGGUACCUCUGGUUACGUACUUAAUUCGUUCCAGAGGUCCGUUCUUAACCUGAAACUGUUCUUAACCUGAAGCACCACUUUAGCUAAUGGGCCGUCCCCCUGCUGGUGCGCCGCUGCCAAGCGAUUUCUGUUCUCAUCCUGCAGCAAAGUUCUUAGCCCGAGGUACUAUUUCUGGGUUAGCAGAGUCUGUAUCCUGAAGCGUAUGUAACCUGAAGCGUAUGUAACCCGAGGUACCACUGUAUUCCUAAUAUUAUUGAUGCCUAUUGAAGACCUUCCUCUUUCGACAAGUCUUUAAACUUUGCAAGGCUGAUGUGGAAGUCACACCAUGGCCAGAAUUCAUUUGCAUAAAUCAGUCUCUUUUGAGCAAGUUAACCUCUGCCGCAACUAAUUUCAGUUGUCAUUUGUUAUGGUUUGUGUUAAAACAAAAUGGUGCCAAUAGUUGAAAUUACCUUCUUUUCCAAAAGGUUUCCGAAAUGGCUUCCUUUGGGUGGAAGAGGAAGAUUGGUGAGAAGGUGUCGAAGGUAACAUCUCAGCAAUUUGAAGCUCAGGCUGCUGAUGAGCAGGAUCUUGCUGACAGUGAUGAAGCUGAAUGGUUCCAUGACACUAAAAGAAAAAAGGGGCUUCUCCUGGAAGAUUGUGUGGCCAGAAGUAAACAUCUGAAGGAUGAAGGUGCAAUUUUGGCUGAGAAUGAAAGGUAAAGAUGAUGGUUUUUGAAAAAUUUAAAUCUUAUGAUGGAUUUUUUCAGGUGUAUAGGUUGUGUUGGCUGGGCAACAAAACUUCCUCUCUGCUGUGUGCCACCUAAAUCUGUUCUGAGGGUCCCCCCAACCCUCUGGAGCAGAUUUCAGGAGGGUGUGGGGCCAGAGCGGGGAGAGGAGGGGGAAGUUCCAUUAUCUACGGUCAAAAAAAAGAGUACAGAUAUAAAAAAUAGGUUUUUUUGCCAUGAUCUAGUAGUAGUAAUGUUAACUAGCCAGUAGAUGGUGAUAAAGACCUCUUUAAUACAGUGUUGUUUGAGGAUUAGAAAUACAGUGGUACCUUGGGUUAAGAACUUAAUUCGUUCUGGAGGUCCGUUCUUAACCUGAAACUGUACUUAACCUGAGGUACCACUUUAGCUAAUGGGGCCUCCCGCUGCCGCCGCACCGCCAGAGCACAAUUUCUGUUCUCAACCUGAAGCAAAGUUCUUAACCCGAGGUACUAUUUCUGGGUUAGCGGAGUCUGUAACCUGAAGCGUAUGUAACCCUGAAGCGUAUGUAACCCUACAGGUACCACUGUAGGGUCAAUUUUAAAUCUAUUUCUUGAUUAACGAGAUCUUUGAAAAGAAUAGAAAGUCAUCGAGAUAGGUGGCCUAGAAAUAAAUUGAGAGAUUUAUUUUAGCCGCUGUGGAUACAUUACUGACCUACAUUCUAACCUCACUUAAUGGAAUUCACACAUGUAACCUGAGACUUCUACACAGAAAUCAUCGCUGCACUUCCCUCUUCAAGGCCUUCCUAGUUCCAGGAGACAGUGGCGUGGGAGAUGGUGGGGAUUCAACCAACCCACCCCUUGGAAGAUCACCCUCUUCCUCCACUUCUAACAUGUCCUGUGCCCUCACUUAUGUCUCUGACUGCUCAAACCCUUCCCCUUCCCCCCCAUCUUGCUUCCUGCUUCGCGGGUGGCACCAAACUCCAUAAAUUGCUGGCCUCUCUCCUGGGUCACUCUUCUGCCCCCUCUGCCUCCAUCACACACCCAUCAGAGCCCUGCCAGGACUUCUCUCUAACACCCAUGGGCAGAGAGUUCCAAUGUGUAUGUGUGGCCACGCUGAAAGAUUGAUUGCUUGCAAAUGUGGAAUUAAUAUUAUUCAGCGUUUGUAAAAGUGCCAGAUCCUUAAAUUUAUGUGGUCAAGUGGGCACAGACAGGGUGAGGCAGCCCUAAGCCAUUGAGGGCUUUAUAUACCUAUAGUAACACUUUAAAUUUGUCCCAAUAACAUAUUGGCAGUCAGUGUACAUCUCUGAGCAAGACCAUCUUGUCAGUGAUCAUGCUGCAGCAUGGUGUGCUAACUAUGGCUUUCAGACUAAGCUCAAUGGAAGCCCCACAUAUAGUGUGUUGCAGUAAUUGUUGGCCUAUUGAUAGACAUAAACGCUGUUAACAGUUUUGCUUCCUGUGUACUUUAUUGCUGCUCAGGUUAUUAAAAAAUUAUCAUGGAGGUCAGAGCUGUUUAACAUUAUGCAAUCAGUUUGUAUUUGAUAAAGACCAGCGUAAAGAACUUCAUUUUUCUUGAGAUCUGAAGCCAUUAUGGUUGCUAAUUCCAAGCACGUGUUUCCUUCCAUAGAAUGUUAUGAUACCAAUAAAACAUUAUCUCUUGGCUUAAAGGUACAUUAGAUGCCGGAUCAUUUGAGAGUAACGAAAUUAUGUUCUUUCCUGGAUACCAAUUACUUUUAAAUGUGGGGAACAUUGACAGAGUACAAAGUUGUUAGAGUUGCUUAAUCAGUUGAGGAAGCUGACACUUCUUGCACAAGUGUAAUAUGAAAAUGUGAUAUGAACCAAACAAUCUCGGGAGAAACGUACUUUCUAUUUAAUAGCACAUAAUAAUGUUAUGCAGUUAAGAAUAUGCAGUUGCAUGCAGGCUUAAGCGUAGCUUAAGUUGCGAUUUCAAUAGGAUACAGUGGUACCUCUAGAUACGAACGGGAUCCGUUCCGGAGCCCCGUUCGUAUCUAGAAGUAAACAUAACUAGCGACGGCGCGUCUGCGCACAAACGCGUCGCUUUUCGUCGCUUGUGCGCAUGCGUGUGACGUCAUUUUGAGCGUCUGCGCAUGCACAAGCGGCGAAACCCGGAAGUAACGCGCUCCGUUACUUCCGGGUUGCCGAAGAGCGCAACUCGAACGCACUCAACUUGAAGCAUCUUCAACCCGAGGUAUGACUGUACUGUGACUUGGAUCCCAAGUGGUUAAAGCAAUCUGGGCAAGCCACUCAUUAGAAGAAAUGUUACUCUGCUUCGGAAAGCAGAGCCCUAUUUUUAGUUUUGCUCCUAUCUACUCCGCUAUAUGUUGGAGAACUUUCUCUCCUGUCCAACCCCACUUCAUUGGCUGCUGUUUGAAGGAAAAGGUUGAUGAUAUCUGGAGAAGAGAAUGCCAUACUACUUUCUACAGAAGAUGGGAGUAGAUUUAAGAUGGAGUGCCAUUUUGAGUGAUUGUUCAGACCUUGUGAUCUGCAGAAGGAGGGAGAACAGGCCUGUUAGAUUGUUGUAUGCAAAGAAUACCAAACUGGGCCAGCCCACAAGGAUAAGAUUGGAGCAGUACUGUAGUCAUACAUUUUCCUAGAAGGAAACCCAUUGAACAUACUGGGGUUUGCUUUUGAAAACACACAAUUCUGGAGAUUCUACAGGCUGUACAAGAAAUCUCAUUGCACUGUAAUUUGUAGAGCAUACAAAGGUUUCCAUCAGAAUAAUUUAUAGAUUUAUCUUUCCUGAUUUUAAUAGCUUUCAUUAUCAGAAUGAAACUUGAGUUCAAAAUAUCAGGCUUUGGACAUUAAGAAAAGUUUUUAUUUAGUGUGCUUACAGGAAAACAUGGAGUACUUUUAAAAACAACUUGAACAUCCUCCACACAUCAGCAUUUAGGUUUGCACAGAUUGUUGCAAUGGUAACAUAUAUUUAUAUACAUUUUUUUUAUUUUGCUUAGUUACCAAAAUAUUUUAUUUUAUCCCCCAGUGUGUAUGUAAAUCUCUCACACACAAAAAGUGCCUUGUGUCUUGUAGAGAUUUCUGUGCUUGGAGACUGAAGAGGUACAGCCCAGGAAAAACUUUACUAUGUGAUUUUUACCAAUUGUGUAGACCCUUUCUUUCUUUCUUUCUUGUUCAUUUACAUUUCAUUCCAUAAAAACACAGCAUUAGCAAUACCAACAAAGAGCAGUGAUGUACAGAUUUUUGCAUAUGUUCUAAGUCAGCUGUACAGUAUCCAUAUUAAUCAUAAUGCUUUUUGGACCUUUGUUUCUUUUGAAUAGCAGCCCACCUUCUACCUCAUGGCAAACAUGGGGAGUUGCUGUUGUUGUUAUGUAUGUGAUAUGGAUGGUAGUUUCAGGAGUUAAAAAUCUGUAAGCCUGUAAACUGUAAAACCUGCAAACUCUUUCUAUGGAAUAAAAUGGGGAGACUGCACAACCUUAGGAGCUAACAUCACUGGAGCCCACUAAGCUAGUACAUUAUUUCUGAAGGCAAGCUUGGAUAUUAUACGUGGCCUGUUACAUGUCCAGAGAAUGCUUGUAAGUGUUUGGGAAUUGUUUCCUAUACUAGAUGAUGACAGAUCCCGUCACCUAAGAUGUUUCAGAGCAGCACUUGAUUAAUGAACAGUAAUUGUUCAUUAGGAGACUCAACCCCCUGAUUAUUAUGGUGAUAACAAGUCUUGGUUGUUUCCAGUUUCCGUGAUUCCAAGGAAGAGUAAGAAUGAGCUCAUGCGGUGGGUCCCCAAAGAGCAUUUGUCCAGGGUAAUAAAGCACAAAUGCAACAAUUGCUUCUAAGGAGAAAUGAAAUGCACUUGCAGUGCUACUGGUUACCAUGGCAGUAGUAGAAUAUAGUCGGGGGGGAAAUACCUUCUGGGAACGAAACUAUUAAAUGUAUACAAAAGAGAUGAAGGGUGGGACAUUUAUUUGCGGCUCAUCUUUGCAAAGCAGCUUUCCCUGCCCCCAGCUAUUAAAAGUUCUUGAAAUCAAGAAUGAGCCAUCUCUCUUUUCAGGAGAAAUUAAAUGGCCAAAUCCUCUGUACAGAAGUAGAAGUCAUUGAAUCACACACAGCUUUAAAUUGCAUGAUGAUACCCAAGAGAACCAUCGUUACUGAACAGGAAAUGAGCUAAGUGAGAGUGGGGGCAUAUGUAUCUUUCAGAAAGAAGUGAGUGUCAUUGUCCAGAGAAAGCCAGGCCCCCCCAUACUACCAAUAUAAGUUUCACAGCUUUUCUGCAGGGCCCUGGGGAUAGAAUUCAGGGUCUAGGGCAGAGGCUCUCAAAUUAUAGUCCACAGACCCCUGGUGGUCUGCCAGCUCCAUUCAAGUGAUCUAUGGAAAGAUUGUGGAGCAAUCAGGAGUGUCUGUCCCCUUAGGUGGAAGGAGAGGGGCUGUAUCUUAGUGGUAGAGCAUCUGCUUUGCAUGCAGAAGGUUCAGUCCCUUGCACCUCAAGCUGAGUGGGGAGAAACACCUUUCCAAAACCUUGGAGACCCUCUACUAAUCAGUGCGAAUCAUCCUGCGCCAGAUGGACCCAGUAAUCUGACUCUGGAUAAGAAAGCAUCCUAUCUGUGUUGGGCUUGCAUUUGAAUCGUCUUCCUUUUUCAAACAAUAAAGGCCAUUGUUGUUACUGUGGCCAGAGUUACGCCAUCAACAUUGGGUUCAAAGACAUGGAUUAUUUGGGAUAUAAAUUCAUCUUUUCAGCAUUUUCUAAUUUUUCUUUGUUUCUGUUUUGAUCCAGCUCAGUUCAGCAGUUGCUAUGAUAUCUCUGGACUUGUUCUUACUAGCUUCUCUUAUGCAUAAGGCUGGUUUCCAUGUGACAAGUGCCUCCUCUGAUAAUACGUUUGAUAGUGUGUUGUUUUCUGUACAGACUCCAUUUGUGAGUUGCAGCUCUUGUCUCCUGAUAGAUGGGUUCAUUGUUAUUGUGAUGCAGUAAUAAAUAGGAGAAACUAGGUUUUUAACCCUCCCUUUGUCCAUGGGUCUAUAUCCUUGAUUUCCCUACUCCUCUCAUACAUCUGCCAGUGACAUGAAAACUUCUUUAAGACACCAAAUAUUAUAGAUUCCCGAUGUUAAUGCAUGUGUAGACAGCAGCCUUUUAAAAUAUGGAGCAGUUUCCAUUCAGAUUAAAAUACUGUUCAGGAUAGACUCAUGACAUUCAGUGCAAGACAGUUGUUAUUUAUUUAGAAUGCUUACAUUCUGCUGUAUAGCUCCAUGAGGCUCCAUAUAGUCGAGCAUCAUUGAUUUAAUUGUAACUUGCUUUCCAAAUGAGUGCGUUUAGGAUUGUUGUGUGCCUGUUACCAUAUUGUAGCAUCAUUGCAUCAUUAGAUUUCUUGUAACUUAUUGCCCAUUGUGUAUUAUAACAGACCUGCAAAAAUGGUGACACCAUUUGUGAUAUAAUCUAGCUAUUCUGUAUCACAAUCUGUUUCUGAAAUACAUGCUUAUAUAUUUCUAAUUUUUGCACUACUUUUGUAUAUGCUUUAUGGGUUUUUUUUCCUUGUUCCUUAAACAAACAAACAAAAAUUGCCAGGCCGUUUUUAAUCAACUGCCACCAACAGCUUAGAAAUGGAAGGUGCAGGAAGGAUAUCAAAUCAAAUCAAUAAAACUGCCUUUCCCUUAGUCCACACAAUGUGGGUAGAAACCUCAUUUCCACCCAUAAACACACACUGAAAAAAAUUAGUUUCCAUCCCUUUACUUCUUCUUUUUUACCCUCAUUUGUGAGGUCAAAAAACACAUAAGCUGAUGUGUUAAGUGAUCUUGAGUUAACACCUUUUAAGAGAGACCUUUUUCUUACCCACAAUUGAAUAUGACCAAAGUACCAAGACUAAAGGUAAAGGGACCCCUGACUGUUAAGUCCAGUCACAGAUGCUGGGGUUGCGAUGCUCAUCUUGCUUUACUGGCAGAGGGAACCGGCGUUUGUCCUCAGGCAGCUUCCGGGUCAUGUGGCCAGCAUGACAAAGCCGCUUCUGGCGAUCCAGAGCAGCGCACGGAAACACCGUUUACCUUCCCGCCAGAGCGGUACCUAUUUAUCUACUUACACUUUGAUGUGCUUUCGAACUGCUAGGUUGCAGGAGCUGGGACCUAGCAAUGGGAGCUCACCCCGUCGCAGGGAUUCGAACCGCCGACCUUCUGAUUGGCAAGCCCUAGGCUCUGUGGUUUAGAGAACAGCACCACCCGUGUCCCAAGACUUAGCUGCCCAUUAUUUCAGCCAAUAGACGCCUCCAACAGCACUGUGUUUCUCAGAAUCACAGUUCAUCCCCGCUGUAAUAAGUAAUUGUGAUUCAGAUGGAAGAACGCUGCCAGCUAAAUCAGCAGUACCACGUCCUGUCACUUUUGGAACCAUUUUUUUGCUGGUGUUUGGUUUUUGCGAUGUGGCCACAGGCCAUUCAUUCACUGAUGUAUAUAAUCAAUGGCCAAUUAAAAAGAUAAGCCCCUUCAGUAAAAAAAUCUUUUUUCCAAGUCCUGCAGUGUCUCUGUGUUUUAUAGAAGGAAAUCUGGCUAGAUCAUUCUCAGAGGUCCUUUUAAAAAAAGAAAUGAGUAACAAAAAGGCGAACCUCUCAUUUGUGAGAGAUAAAAGGAAGAAAACAGCUUCCUUUUCAGGGGGGUCUUUUAUCCUGUUCUCUUUCAACCUUUGACAUGCUAACUAUGAAUGUCUUGGUCUGGUUUUGCCAGGAAACCUCAUUCUCCGCCCCCACCACCCACAGACAUUGUCAGGUCAGACAUCUGCAAUUUGAUGUCUCCUGAGAUCUCCUUGUUUAUAAAUGUUUUGAGAGUAAAUUUGACUUGUAUGGAAAUAAUAUUGCUCUUCUUAUCAACCUGGGAAGGUUGUACCAGGAUAUUCUUAUCGGAUAGCAGAUACUAUGACGAGUUUAAGAGUGAUAAACUUCACACAAUGUUCUUUGACCUGGCUUUUCAUUAAUUUAUUGUGUGCCUAUACAUGAGAGUAUUGUACAUGGUGAUUAUACUGCAGUUUCUUUGUCAGAUAGAAAUAUAGCAGCACUAGUUUGAAACAGAAAAACAAUAGUUCCCUUUAACAAGCGGCACAGGGCAAGCUGCUUCCUUUGGAUGCUGUUGACACAAGCCCUGCAGUGCUGUCAGGAUUGGCUUUGGAUUUGUAGACUCGAAAGAGGAGGAGGGGGGAAAACAGAAGGCGGGGCCUGAAUAGUUGGAACCUUACUGGCUCCUCCCCCCAACUUUCCUAUGGGUGUAGCAGAGAGCCCAGUGGAAACUGGUAAAGGUUUGAAGCAGCUAUGGGGGGCAGGGAGGAACCGGAGGUGUCAAUAAUUGAACAGGAGCCCAAACAAGGGGGUGCAGUCUUGUCACCUAGAAUCAGCUGCCACCUUUGCAGAUGGGGCAGACUACGUGAAGGAACAUGGAUUUGUUAUUCCAACAUUCCCACAAGGCGAGCGCAUGCGCCACACCUUGGUGGGUGGGGCAUGGGAAACUUAUUGGGACAGCUUCGUUGUCUCUGUCCAGUUCUGAACUUCUUGCCCUGCUCCUGAACUCCUGAAGCAUGGCUCCUGAGCCUUGUGCCUGUUGCUGAGCCUAUACCGUUAUUUGCCUGCACAAAGAUCUCUUUUUUACUUACAGGAGCUUUUAUGUGUUUUUGGGGGCGGGAGACAGGGCACUAUGACUGGCCAACUUAACAAUGUGGUACCGAGCCAAGUUCGCCAUCUACAGUUGUUUGAGUUCUCUCAGAGGGGGCUGUUGUGCCUAUGGAGUUUCCUCCCAUCUGAGGUGCAUCAGACCAGGUGUUCAAAGCAGGUAUACUAAAUGUCUGAAACGGGUAGUGUAUCUCUUUUUUCUGCUGGAUUUUUGCUGUUUUGUUGCUCUACUACUAUUAUUUUACUUUUAUUGUUUUGUAACUUGGCAGUUUCAAUUUGGAAAACAAAAGCAGAUUACAAAUUUUCUAAGUAAAUAAAGCAAACCUUUGUGCCUACAGUGGCUCCCAACAUCUUAAGGCUCACCAAAGCCUGAACUUUGGAAGAGUGAAAGAAAUGUUUUCAGUUCUUAGUGAUACAGUGGUACCUCUGUGUACUGGUUCUAGGGGUUGCUCGUGCGUAAAUCGGCGCCACACCUGGCUGGGUUGCCUGAGUGAACCCUUUCUGUCUGGACAGCCACUCGCCCGUGGCUGUCUCAAUCGCUGGCAGAAUCCGUUAGUGGGCGUUUCUUGAACUUCUUCCAGCAAAUAAGUUAUUUGACGCCUAGUCUCUGCCUACUCUCCCUGCGCGGAAGCCUUCUGCGCAGGGAGGGUGUGGGCAGCGGAGGACCCGUGCUCUCCCCGCUGGUCCCCGGCGAGGAGUCAUGGAGCCACCUCGCUGAUUCCCCCAUCUGCCCCCCUUCUCCACUGGUGCUACGCUGAUUUCCUUCCCCAGAAGAUGUGCUGCUUCUCUCCCUCCCGGGACGCUCUCCGGAAUCCCUCUGGAGCCCUCCCUCUCCCCCUGGCUCCGAUGGCAGUUCCCUGACACUCUGGUUACAUACUUAAUUCAUUCCGGAGGUCCGUUCUUAACCUGAAACUGUUCUUAACCUGAAGCACCACUUUAGCUAAUAGGGCCUCCUGCUGCCGCUGCGCCGCCACUGCACGAUUUCUGUUCUCAUCCUGGAGCAAAGUUCUUAACCUGAGGUACUAUUUCUGGGUUAGCGGAGUCUGUAACCUGAAGCGUAUGUAACCUGAAGCGUAUGUAACCCGAGGUACCACUGUCAUAGCAUAAUAUUUUAGAUAUUUGGUCUACUUUAUUUUAGUUUACUUUAGAAGUUCUUUGUAAUAAAAAAGUGGCAUAAAAACAAAGCAUUCAAAGUGGUUUGAAAGAAAUCUUUAAAAUUCCAGCAGUACCAAAGACUACCAGGCAACUAUGAUUUUUAAAGUCUACUUGGAGUGUGUUUCACCCCCCCUCCCACCAAGUGAAUAUAUCAGAGAUCAUUGUUAUGUUUAUCAAAGUUGUUGCUAUAAACAUAAAGUGUUAUGUAGAUGAAUCAUAAUUAUAUAAGGUAAUAUAUCAGCUACAUCAAUAUAACUGACUAAAACAUAAUAUGUAGUCCAGUGUGCGCUCAUGGGAUUCUUACUGCAAUAUUAGGUCCAUGGAAUUAUGUGUAAAUGGUUUGAAAUGUUUGACGCCGCUGGAGUUAAGUAGAUUGCCUGUAUAUUUGUAAGCACGAGAACUUCAGGCAUUCCAGAUAUAGUCUCCAGAGAUGUCUGUUUAUCUGCUACCUUACUUUAAAGGAAGAAGAUUAACAUUGUGUAUCUUAAAAUUUAGCAAAAAUGCUGUCUGAUCUGUGUUUUUUAGUCUCCUUGCUGUUGGCAGUGUUCCACCAUGAAUGCUGAUGCAUUCACUGAAGGCUCCAAAUUCCCUCAAACAUUUUCCAACAAUAGGUCUGAGUAUGUUUCAGAACUGCAGUCUGCCUUGGUUUUUCAAGAUUUGGGUUAUCUGGUGAGCUGAGAAGAAGUGGGAGUUGCUUUUGCUAUGUUCUUUGUCAUCCAUCCAUGACUAUCAGUUGUGAUGGCAUCUCACUGUUUCUUGUACCAGACCAGCAUUUGAAAUUCACCAGGUGCAAGGCUUGUGACCAAGUGAAGAUACCCGGGCGCCAGGAUGACACUUGACAUCUCUACCAUCCAGAGGUGCAUGCCUGAAGGUGCAACACAUCCUGUAUAAUUCUAUCUGUUAUAUUUUAUCUGCACAGUCAGAAUGAAUUUCAGGAACCAAAAAAUUUAUUGAAAAAUACAGCUUUCGAGCCGUCUAGUCCAAAAAUGGCAACUAGACAUUCUGUUUAGUUGACUACAACCCUGGUUAAAGGAGCCAUUUGACGCCUAUAUAUCUGAGUUUAUAACACUAUGUCAAACACAGUAUGCCUCUAAAUACCAGUAGCUGGGGAUCAUGAGUGGGAGAGUGUUGUUCUUGUGUCCUGCUUGUGGCCUUCCGACAAGCAUAUGGUUGGCUGCUGUGAGAACAAACUGCUAGACUAGCUGGGCCUGUGACUGGAUCCAGCAAAGCUAUGUUUUCAUGCAUCCACAAAUCUUAAUGGACAAGUUGCUGGGGUUUUUUGUGCGUGUGUGAAAUUGGCCUUUAGAGAGAGUUUUUCAGGCUUCUAAUUUUCCAGCUUGGUGAUAGAGGUGGUAAUUGGUUCUUAUUCACAAGGAAAUGUUAUUUAAUGUUUCCUUUUAUGUAAGAGCAAAGCCAAUUAAUGCCCUUUUCAUAACCUUCUCAUACUACUUCCUUGCAAAGGAGUCUGAAUUCAUCAGUGCACAUCACAGAGGUAACAUUAAAAAACUCAGUUCAGAUGGAAGGACCCGUGGUUCCUUGCUCCUGUUUCUGGAUGAGAUGAGGCUGGCAUGGAGAGGAGCGUCAUGCGUCCUUUGGCUUCUGAUAUUAUCUUUGUGGCCUGGGAAGCAGCAGUACUCCAAAGAUGACUUGAGUUGAUUCCAUAGAUAGCGGGAGAUAACUGGCACAGUUCCCCCCUUGCUGCCUUCUCUUUUCAUGUGGGGCUAGAAACAGUGUUGGCCUGAGGUUCGCUUUGGUCACACAAUUUCUCCUUGUGUAUGUGUGAGGUCCCUCAGCCUGUUUCCUUGAUCUUAAGCAACAAAAUGGAGACAUAACCCACUUGCAUUUCUCUGCUGCCAUGCGGUGAUUUCUGGAUCUGGUAGUGAGCAGAUGGUAAUGUUACAAAGGCAUGGAGAUGGUACAGUGGUACCUCUGGUUGCGAACGGGAUCCAUUCCGGAGGCCCAUUCGCAACACGAAAAGAGCGCAACCUGCCGUGGCACAUCUGCGCAUGUGCGGGUUGCGAUUCGCUGCUUCUGCGCACCCGUGUGACGUCAUUUUGCGUUUCUGCGCAUGUGCGAGCAGCAAAACCCAGAAGUAACCCUUUCCGGUACUUCCGGGUUGCCGCGGGACGUAACCUGAAAGAACGUAACAUGAAGCGGACGUAACAUGAGGUACGACUGUAUUGUGGAACCUAAAGGGUCUUUUCACUGAACUUUUCCACCAUUGUGAUCAGGAGAUGUUCCAGUAGAAAGCAGAAAUAAAGCGAACCCGCCAACUUUUCUUGGUAAAGUGUGCCUUAACACCCCGGGAAGAAGCAUAAGGGAUAAUGCUAUUGUAUUAUAGAUUUAAAGCCCAUUGUAGUAUCAUCAGCAAAUAAACCAGUCCUCUCCCAUCACCCUCUUCCUCUAAGUAACAAUUUGGGGAAUGAUGUAGAUCUCACAAACCCCUCUGCCAGUUCUACAUAAUGGCUGAGAUGUGAAGAGUCAGUGUGUGCAUAUGCAGCAAAAUAGUUGUAUGCACCAUUAGGCAUGUUUGUCCCAUUAUGGGUGAACCAUGCUUGAAAUUUAGGGUUAGAAAAGACAGCUUAAACCUUUCCUUACUUUUCCAUGCCAGUCUUUCUCAUACACAUCUCUCAAUGGUGGCAUGCGAAUUUUUUAUUUUUAUUUUUCGCAUUGUUUGAUAUGCUUUGGAAUUGGAAAAUAUGUGGGUACAGGGCUGAGCCGCCCCCCCCCCAAUCUUCAGGGCAGCAGGCCUCCUCCCAGCACUCAUGAUAUCACAUGUGUGAUGUCAUGCACACGCGAUGAGCCCCUCCAAUGUUGGGCAGAACUCGGUGUCUCGCUGAGGCGCCAAGGGUUUUCAAAACCCUAUUUUUAUCAUAUGAUUGGGAGGCAGCAGGGAAAGGAGGAGAUGCUAUGUCAAAUUCCUUUCACAGCCCUAGGUUCCACAUCAUUUGUGUUGGCAAAAUGUUUGAGGCCUCUGUAGUAGCCUCUAGAUCCAAAAGUUUCAGAUUCUGACCUGGAAGAGCAGCACUUCAUUCAUUGUGCUGAAUUUGUCCUUGUUAAAAAGUGUAUGCAAAUAUUUUUUUUCCCUAUUCAUGGGAAAAUAUGUUGUCUUCUUGCUUGGCAUGGAUUAUGGCCUGCAUUUUUUCAUUCAUUUUGCUGACUAUAUAAGCCCCCAAAGAGUUUAACUUUUAUUACAGCUCAAAAGUCAUGGUUUUAAUCAGCCAUUGCCCUGACAAUUUUGCAGCCUUGUGGUGUUUGUUUGUUCUCCAGAUAUUUUCAGUAGCACGUCCAACAUUCAGUUCUCUACGUGUUCUGGACUUCCGGGGAGGCGCCUCCGGCAAUGGCUGAAUUCCUCCGACCGGGAGGAAUUUGCUCCAUGAAAAGCAGGGUCUGACCGCCACGGUGAAGGCGGAGACCCAUAGAAAUCACAGGCGGGAGAAGCCUGUGAACCUGGGAUUUGGCUGGCACCUUUGCGCCUCCCCUACUCGCGGGGAAACCCUGUUUUGGGGAUCCGGAGCGACGUGGGGUGAGCGGCGCGGUGCUUUGAAUCAACCGCUUCUUUCACGGAGUGAAGCCGCAUUGCUGUUGCCGGAGAGCGCUGACUUUUUCCUGUGGACAAUUGGACUUUAAACGACUACCCGUGAGUAGAACGGAGAAUUGGAUAUUGAAACACUUUAAUUUGGCGCUGAAGCAGGAAGGCUCUAAACAGGAAGUCCGCCUCCUGUUUUGUAAAUAGAUUGAAGCAAAGAAGUUACAAGCUAAAGUCUUUGAAAGCUUUUGAUAAAGGAUUAAAUUCCCACCAGACAAAAAUACAUAACCCUUCUUGGAAGCAGGAGAAGAGAGGGGAAGUUUUGGAUUUAGUGUGCCUGCAGAAGAGAGUCAAAAUUAAAUUGCCACUGCUCUGAACCUGGAAAAGGGCUGCCAGAUGACGUUCGGGAAUGUUUAUUGACAGAACGGAUUUGACAGCUAGCUAAAAUAAGAAAGGCACUAUUUCCAUUGUCCUCUUCUGCGUUUAAAAAUGGAGGAAAAAGUAACCGAAAAUUGAAACUAUUGUUACUUGCUUGAGUCGUGCUUGAAAGAAUUGAUACAAACGGAGACUGUUUCCCUCUAGAGGGAGCAUGUGAAACUGUUACAGGAGUGCAACAGGGAGAGCUCCAGCUGCAAGAUAAGAUUCUGAAAAUUGGAGUCUGACCUUGGAUCACUCAAAAUGUUGAUAGGAGAAGCCAUUGUGACUGUAUUAUACAAGAUAAACUAUUCGCUGGAACAGCUACAUAAAAAGACAGGUGACAUGAUCUCUAAAAUUGACAACUUGGAACAGAACGUGAUUAAUUUGAAUCAAAAAGUGAGUGUCAAUACAGAAAAAACUCAGGAUUUGGUACAGGAACAUACCUUGGUUGGACAAAUGGUGGAGGAAAAGGAGAAAGCUGAUGAUGUGAAAAUGGUGGAGAAAAAGGAGAAAGCUGAUGAUGUGACACCAAAAGUAGUACAAGCAGGAUCCUUAAUUUCUCAGAAGCAGAUUGAGGAUUAUAAAUUGAGGUCUUUCAUGACUGAAUCUAGCAAAAGUCAAAUUUUGAGGCUAGGAUCCCGGCUUGGAUUGAAGAAGGAAGGUUGGAAAGAACCCUCUAUCCAGGGAUUGACUGACUUUUGGGACAUGGACCUGGGCUUGGAGGAGCUUGAAGUUUUGGGGGUCGCUAGAAUUGGAGGAAUCCUGAAAGACGUUCUGAAACACUCUAUGGACUUUUAACUUCGGAAAUUUGGCUGAAUUGUCCAGAAGGAACAAAAGUACUGCUAGGCUGGAGUUUUCCCGAGAUUUGCUCCUGAGCAUCAAAGAGUAUGAAGAAGACCUGCAGAAGGGACUUGGAAGAGAUUUAAGAGCCUCGGAUAUAAGGGCACCAGGUUGAUGGAUUAUAUGGAACUGACGGAAAGGACUGGCAGAAUCCGAAGCCAGGGAGAGGAGAUAGUGGAAGAUUAAUGGAAAAUUUAAAGUGUUUAUUUAGAAAUUUUGUUAAAGUAAUGACUGUCAGAAAAAUGGUGGAAUGAUAUUUUAUGGAUCUAGCAGAAAUGCUAUAAGAAGUUGGGUGUAUAUAAAUAAUCAACCGUUAAUGGGAAAUAAGGUUAAAGAAUAUGUUAUUUAUAAUAUGACAGAAAAUAGAGAAAGAUGGAAAGGAUUUGCUGAAACAAGUACUAGAAGCGGGAUACAAGAAGGGAGGUGUGAGGAAGUCGAAGAAACAAGGGAAUGAAGGACAGAGUAUGGAAAAGGAGGGAUGUUUUUAAAUUGUUUUUGUCUUGCUUUGUUCAUGUGUUUAGUUCAAUGGGCUUAGGGUGGGUUUGUAUUGUUUAUAUAUUGUGUUGUUUUUCUCUUUCUUUUUUUCUUUUUUUUCUCUUUUUUCUACUUUUUUGUAACUUUUAAAAGCAAUAAAUAUUAUUUUUUAAAAAAAGUUCUCUACGUGUUCUGUCCUUAAAAAAAAAAAAAGAAUAUCUGUUUUUCCUGUGGUUUUUUCUUUCUUUAAAAAUAAUAAUUGCAUGUUUUACAUUUGAAUGUGAGAUAUGAUUGUGAGGCAGCUGUUAAUAAAAAAUGUAAAAGUUGUACAAUUCUGUAAAAAAAAACACCCCAUUUUCAAAAUAGAAAACUCACUUUAUAAUGCAUUGUAUACUUCUCAUGAAACUGUAUAAUUAUUCAUUUUGUAAGGUUUUUCCUUCCAUUUAAAGUAAACAGCACUUGUGGAAUGUUAAGAUGGGCUAUAAAUUAGUUUUUAUUUAUACAGUUGCUACAGCAAAAAGUUGUAUAGGAUGCCUUCAUAAUUUUAAAGGUGGUGCAGUACCACACUAGCACACUUUCGUUGCCAAGUUUCAGAAAGAACGACCUCAUCAAAAUCUUGUUUCACCAUUCUGACUAAACAUCAGGAAGAACUUUCUGGCAGUAAGAGCUGCUUGACAGUGGGACAGACUCCCUCGGAAGGUGGUAGACUCUCCUUGGACAUUUUUAAGCAGAGCUUUGAUGGCGAUUUGUCACGGAUGCUUUAGUUGAGAUUCCUGCAUUGCAGGGGGUUGGACUCAAUGACUCUCGGAGUUCUCUCCCACCUCUACAGUUCUGUGAUUCUAUGAUGACAGCUUGAAGCUAACAAAAUGCAGUUAAAUGAUCGCUCACUUUUUUUCUCUAGUACGUUUUUCCCUCAGACAUAGUCAUUCAGAUUCUGCUGCCCCUUCUGAGGAUGGGGUUUCCAAGGUCCAAAAGAAAGUUUUAUUCAUCCAUCAGGGCUUCUCUGUGCACUUUAUCAUAUGUAUAUCUCCACAGGUUCAGAUUUUCACACAUGAACUAGUUGCUUCAGUUGAAAGGAAGACACGAGCAUAGUUGCACGGGGGUUCUGUGCAUACACACGAGCAGGGGAACAGUCUGUUAUUUUCUGCAACGGACAUAGGAGAACUUGCUAUUGCACUGACCCCAGGAAUGGCUAAAACAUGUAGAGUAGGCUCCAGAUUUGGCUGAGAGGUUACAUGCGGAGGCCUACUUUAUUCCCACCAAUUAUGUGCAUCUGCUCAAAUGCAUACUAAGCCAUGUUUGGCGAAAUACACAAUAAGAAAUUGCAAUUGCGCUGUCUUUUUCUUUUUUUACCCCCUGUGUUUCAUGGGGUGGUGGGAUGGAACAUUAAUUUAUAUUUGUGAGAUGUUUGGAAUGACUAUCUAGUCAAAGCAAUGUUGGUCCCUUAAUGAAAAGGUAAGAAUACCGGCCUUUGAAACACCCAUAAAUCUAGUAAGAAUGAACUAUUGUUUUAACAACUUGCAGGUACCGGGAGGCUAUUCAGAAGUGGGAUGAAGCACUUCAGUUAACUCCAGAAGAUGCUACCCUCUAUGAGAUGAAAUCACAGGUAAUGCAUGACAGAGCCUCAGCGGAGUAAGAAUUUGUGAAUUUAUUUUUUCUGACCAUAGGCCGUGAUGCAAGUAAAACACAGAGCAGAUAGACUUUUAAAAGUAGUCCGAAUAAGUCUGUAUGCGUUUUUCUGGGUUAAUUGCACAUGCAGCACCCUCUCUACCCAUAGUGUGUGUAGGGCAGGAGGGUGACAGGGACUGGUAUGCUGCCAAUGUUUCCCUUAGGAGCUAGCUGGAUGCAUGGCACAUGGUAGUGGCAGGCAGUUGGUUUCUGUGCUUAGAGGGGAUGGUGGGGCGAGGGGACCGUGGUUCAUCAGAAUAUGAUGGCCCUGAGCUGCCUCUUCCUACCUUAUUUGCAUGGCUGUUUUAUCUACAAAUGACUCCUCUCACUACUCACAAACUUGGAAUAGAUCCCUGAGUACACAGGCAGCUUCUUCAAUUAAUAGCUGGUAGAAUCAUAGAAUCAUAGAGUUGGAAGAGACCACAAGGGCCAUCGAGUCCAACCCCCUGCCAAGCAGGAAACACCAUCAGAGCACUCCUGACAUAUGGUUGUCAAGCCUCUGCUUAAAGACCUCCAAAGAAGGAGACUCCACCACACUCCUUGGCAGCAAAUUCCACUGUCGAACAGCUCUUACUGUCAGCAUUGAAAAAUCAUAGAGUCCAAGAUCUUUAAAUCUAUGUAUGAGCGCUUUCACAGCCACCUCAACGGAAGCCAUGAGACCCUUUUUAACUCCCUGACCACAUCUCUUGAUGUCUGACCACAUCUCGAUUGCUCAGGCGAUGCUGUAUCAACUUUCUGAAUCAAGCCAGUGCUCAGCCAUAAACAUUCUGGCUGCCUCUGUGUCUGCACUGCUUUGGCUCCUGCUCUGUUUUAGUAAACCUGCCAGAUGGUGUCAUCCUAACCUACUUGUUUGCCCUGCCUGCAGUUUUAAUUUAUGAAGCAUUUGUAAUGCAGCAAGUGCUUUUAUUGUGCUAUCUUUCACCAUAACCAUGUAGGCAUGUAGCUGUGUCCAAGGGCGCACAUAUCCAAGUGCAACUCCACACCCACUGAAGUGCAUUUUCAGUGCCUGCAUCCACACAUUAUUGUAUUCACUGCCUUCUCACUUACCAAUCUCAUCUUGGGGGGAAAUAGGUUCCUCACUCCUGACUUAACAAGACUGUUGGCAACUGCAUUAGCAGCAAUAGAAUUUUGAAUCAACAGGAUAAAUAUGAAUGAGUUGUUUCUCCCAAGCAAUAUGCCACAAUAGCAUUAUUUGUCACUGACAACAUUAAGGUGACUGCUUGGUGUGCGGAAGAUCAAAUAUAGAAUUGUUGUGUCCAAGGCUGCAUCUGUCUCAUGGGAGAUAUAAUCGGAAGGCAAAGGUGAAGAAUCAGCAAAAAAAAUUAUUGUUGCAGACGGCGAAAGUUUUAUUGUAGCUGCUGGUUUCCAAUUUUGGCUUUAAUGUAGAAGGACUCUGAUUCUGAGCUCAUUGUUCUGACCUAGAUGAUGAACAAACAAGUCCUGGGAAGAGCUUCCCACAUUCCAGUUUUUACAACCGGCAGUAUCCUGCAAUUGUUCCCAUUUGUUCCCAUUUCCCAAUGUUUUGUGGGAAGAAUUAAUACUUGGCAGAGACUUGGAUCUACCACACGCUCCGCAAACAUCCAAAUGAAAUAGAAGCUUCUGUUAAGUCUUUUCUACUUGACAGCUGGUGCAAUGUUCCUGCGCAAGUCCUCUUUGGACAAGAUGAGCAAACAAAAUGAGCCUGAGUGAAAGCGACAGUGAAUCUGAUAGGGUUCGCUUCUUUCGUCAUUGCUGAAUGAGACCAGAACUUUCCAGAAACAAAUGGUUGAACCCAAUUAGGACAUUGUGGUCCCUCGUUGAAUUUCCUAUUCCUCUCCUCCCCCUGUACACCUAUAUUUGCUCCAGAGGGUAUGGGGAAUGACUUAAUUGGAUAGAACUCAAGGUCUGGUAGUUACUGGGGAGAUACAGUGUUUUUGCGUGAGAUGGAAAUUAUAUGUCCAUGUUGAUAACAAUCCUAAAUAUUCAAAAAUUUAAAAGCUGAGCAUAUUGUAGAACUUGAGUAAUGGAGUAGUUUGUCUAAAAUUAGGACUGUGAGUUCAACCAAUCAAUCCUGAUGAAACAGAGGAUGUUGUCUUGUAGACCCAGGAGCUUAAUCCUAAUGCUUGUGAGGACUAGCUAAUUCUCGGACAACGGUAUCAUCCAUAACAUUAUAUAUGAUUUACAGUGGUACCUCCAGUUGCGAACUUAAUUCGUUCCGGAGGUCCAUUCUUAAGCUGAAACCAUUCUUAACAUGAGGCACGCUUUCGCUAAUGGGGCCUCCCACUGCUGCGCGACUGGUGCGCGACUUUGCUUGCAUCCCGGGGCAAAGUUCUCAAGUAGAGGCAUCUACUUCCAAGUUAGUGGAGCUCGUUAUCCAAAGCAUUUGUAAGGCGGACGGUACGUAACGCGAGGUUCCACUGUAUUGUACAAUACUGGUGAUCAUGCUUGACCUCAGCAUGCAGAUUUCUUUGGCCAGCAUUCUUAAGCUCAGUGAGUUUGAUUGAAGAUUCCGGAUUUGAUUUUGAGAGAAAUCGUUAAGAUAGGCAGUAAGCAACCAGCUUCCUCAGGGGCAAAAGUAGCCCUUAGACAAGUAUCCAUUUGAUUUUCAAGUUGCUAACUUAGAGGCAGGAGAGAUAUGUGUAAGGUUGUGGUGGUUGUGGCAACAGGACUUCCACUCAGUUUUAAGGGCUGGGGACUAAGGGGCUGACCCUCCGUCUCCUUUGUUUUUGUUAACUGCGAUGUAGAUUUCCAUAUGGUUGUCUUACAUUCAAAUUUCAUUUUAACUGAGCAUAUAUUUAAGAUGUACAGUAUAAUCAUCUUUUUUAAAAAAAAUUGAACUCCUGGGAACCACUUAAUAUCUGCUUUAUUCCACUUUAGUCUUCACUAAUCAUUCAUAUGCUGUCAGCCAUGUGUUCAGUGCAAGAAAAGCAAGGGUUAAUCUGUUACUGAUCUUGAAUAUACUGAUAAUUUUUGGUUCUUUCCUCCAGGCUUUAUCCAAUUUACUCUGGGUAGGUGGUUCAUUCUGAUAGUCCCUUCUUCAGGCUAAAUACAGAGUUCUCUGUGAGUGGUGGUCAUUGGAAUCCCAACUGGUAUUUGUAUUGGUAUGAGUUUGGGUUUACGUUGUUUACAAAACUGGUUAACGAAGCGGAUCGUCAAACUGACUACCGGGUUGCUUUUUAAGAAAGCAUUUAGGACAAGAGCAAAUUGCAUAAGUGUGACUCCAUUUAUGUGCUUUUAAAAAUCAGUGCAGUUCAGAGUCAACCCUCUUCCCUGUGGCGCAGUGGGCCAGUGCAUCUUACUGAACCAGAAGCUUGGUAGUUCAAGCCCACGCAGGGAUGGCUGGGAGCAGGAUUCCUGCAUUUUAGGGGGUUGGGAUAGUUGAGCCUUGGGGUACCUUCCAAAUCUAAAAUUCUAGGAUUCUGUGACAGUUCUUUUGGAGGUAACUACCUAGCUCAUAAGGUUGGCGCUGUGGGUUAAACCACAGAGCCUAGGACUUGCCGAUCAGAAGGUUGGCAUUUUGAAUCCCCGCAAUGGGGUGAGCUCCCAUUGCUCGGUCCCUGCUCCUGCCACCCUAGCUGUUCGAAAGCACAUCAAAGUGCAAGUAGAUAAACAGGUACCGCUCCGGCGGGAAGGUAAACGGCGUUUCCGUGCGCUGCUCUGGUUUGCCAGAAGCGGCUUAGUCAUGCUGGCCACAUGACCUGGAAGCUGUAUGCCGGCUCCCUCGGCCAAUAAAGCAAGAUGAGCGCCGCAACCCCAUGACUGGACCUAAUGGUCAGGGGUCCCUUUACCUUUUACAUAGCUCAUAACUGACUUCAGAACCAUCUACAUUGCAAGCCCUCUGCAUACUCGCCUUUUGAACUCUUUUUGCGUUUUUGCAAUAUAAUUGGUUAGUUUACAGUUUGUUCUGUUGUGUAUCCCCUUACUAGGUGCUGAUGUCUCUGCAUGAAAUGUUCCCUGCAGUGCAUGCUGCAGAAAUGGCUGUCCAAAGAGAUCCCCAUUCUUGGGAGGCAUGGCAAACUUUGGGACGUGCCCAGCUUGGAUUAGGAGAAAUCACACUGGUAAGUAUAAAAAAGGAGAAAGGCUCAUCUUCCAUUCCAAAUUGUUUACAGACAUACAGCUAUAUCUUGCUGCGACCUUCACAGUGCAUGAAAUCAUCUUUAAACUUCCUUAGAUCAGAAUACCAGAUAUCCCAAAAGGAACAAUUAAAAACUUUAAAAGCAAGCAAGUUUCAAACACACGGGCUUGAGAACUAUAGAUAGAUGAUUCCACUAAUCAGCCUUGGGCGACAAUGGAGAGGGCUUGUGAUGUUUUUGAUGAAAUGUAGCAAUUUUUCUCAUUUUUAUAAAUAGCCAAAAGCUUUUGGGACUAUGGCUGCCUUUAUGGGAGAAUUCCAAAAACAAUCCCAGAGUUCUCUGCUGAUCAUCUAUUUGAAAAGUAAUAAGAAAAUAUCCCUUGUGUUUCAAAGAAGCACUUUGCUUCAGUGUAAUUUAUGCAUUAUUCGAAGAAAUGGAUGCUCUUUGUUCUGCCAUUUGUCAGGCAAGCAGAACAAAGGAAAUUUUAUUUGUUUCAGCAGCUUGGAAAUUAUCCGAAAUAAAAAUGCUUUCUCAAAAUACGUCAGACCUGUUCUUGGAAUAGAUAGAGAUCAGCUUCAGCAUCUUGUGAUUUUUAUACUAAUAUCGUUGACGAACCCUUUUGGGUGUUUUUGUUUUGGGGGAAAGCUACUCAGGUUAGAAAGAAACAGAUGUAAAGGCAGUCCUUUUAUUUGCAUUGGCUCUGCUGUAGAAGAGCUAAAGGAAGAAGUGUGAAAGUAGGCCAAAAGAAAAAGUCAGCAUAAACCAGGAAGUUGAAUAGCAUCUUCACAUCAGUUUGCGUGCAGUUCCCUAGCAGCAAAUUUGGAACAUGAUAACAUGAGGGAGGCCUAGUCAAGUUAUGAUUUCCAACUAUUAUCAUUAUUAAUAUAUAUUGGAUGUUAAGUAUCGUUUUCUGGUCCCACACUGGAUCUCACUGAGAAGGAGGAGGCAAGGCAAGGCAAGGAUGGUCAAACGUUGCAGUACCAUGGAUAGCUCCAAGUGAGCCACUAGCUCAGGUUGAGACUAAACUGAGACCCUUUAAACCACUUUCUCUGCACUGCCUCAUUUGAGCUCCACCCUUUAAAGGGCCAACCCUCAGGUCUGAAGACUAACCAUCCUCCUUCUUUCCAUAGCCUCCCUCCCAGUGUGUCCUCUGCCCUGCAGGGACUAGUGAAGCGUGAUGAAGAGGCAUGUGGUGGCGUGGGAAAGUUCCUAUUUGGGUCUAAACCCUAGCCCUGCAGCCCCUGUUAGUCCAGGAGUUUCCUCUGGGGGCUCCUGCCUGAUAGUCUUAAGUGCAGUGCUCUCCUGAUCUCCAGCAGCUGGUUCAGAGUCUUGAAUUUGAUCCAUUUGCCUAGCUGGUGUCUCUGGAUUCAGAAACCUUUAAUUUCCCAUGACAUCCAAUAUUUCACAGGUGAAAAUAGGCACACAGGCAUAACAGUCAAAUUCGAUGCCCUGGAUUGAUGUCCAAACUACACAUGCACAUUACAUGUUGCAAAGAUACCGCGGGAAAACAUAAUUGUUUUAAAAUCUGUUGUCUGUGCACAAAAGGGACUGUCUUACUAUUUAUAAGCAAGCUGGAUAGCUCGGUUGGAGUGCGGUGCUGAUAAUGCUAAGGUUGCGAGUUUGAUCACUGUAUGUCACAAGUUGCGUAUUCCUGCAUGGCAGGGGCUUGAAUAAUCCUCAGGGUUCCUUCCAGCUCUACAAUUCUGUGGUUCUGUAUUUGUAAAUAUAAAUGAAAACUCUGAAAGGUGGGUGUGUGUGCGUAAAAAUAAUAAUGAUUCAGAUCAAAUGUGCAUGUUGUCAAGUUUUGCUAAUCUGACAGCAUGAUAAAACCAGUCAUACUGGGGGAUGAGAGAUUACUCCAACGAAGUAACAUAGAGAACAGAAAAAUUGCUUGGCCGUAUUGCCAUUGUAUUGCAGGGAGCCAUUUACCAAUAUAUCUAUAGCCACUGUACAGGUUAUUUAGGGUCCUGCAGAAGAAAUAGUUUACUAAGGUGGGAUAUAAACAUAAUAAACGAAUAAUAAUAAACAGUACAUUAAAUAAUCUGAGUUGCAGAUGCAAGUAUACAUAUUGUUGUAAGUGAUGCAUACAGAGCCACUUAGUAAUAAGUUUCCUAGCUCUGUUUACACUGUGCAAAAGACACUCCCUAUUGAAUACAUUCUAUGAGGUAUCUCUCAUGUAGAGAGGUGUGGCCCUUUGUGUGGAGCCCAUCCUCUGACCCAGCCAUGCGGGUCACACACAUUUGGAACUGUUGGGGAAAUGGUGAGUUGAUAGCAGUUCAGCAGAAAGCAGGGGGAGAUAGAGCUGCAAGGAGAUCGUCUUUCUCCCUAUGAAAUAGGUGACUACUGUGACUUCCAAUGGAUUAGUAGUUCCAAGUGGAGUCCUGGGUGCUCAAGCACAGAUGUUGCAUCAGGCCAUGUUAUAUAGCUUUUCCCUUCCUAUAUUAUUCCUGAAACUGAAAGCGGGUGGUGUGUGUGUGUGAGAGAGAGAAUUGGCCAUUUAUUUUUAAGGAUUCUAAAUUCCAUUAAAUUAUGGCAGGAAUGAAUUCUGGAACAGAUAGCAAUUUUACCAUUCACGUAGCCAACUGUACUUUGUCUCCCCACCAAAUUUGUCUCUCCAUUUUCAAGGAUUGCUUUUGCUGAUAAAUUUGCAAUAAAGCAUCUGGCUCUUCUAAUUCAUUCUUGUAGAUACCCUAUCGAUAUAAUUUCUGGAUUUCUCUCAAAAUGAUGCCCAGUUUUGAUUUUGUAAUCAGCCCUUCUCUGUGAUGUAUCUUAGCUUUCAGGCAUUGCCCUGAAACGAAGUUUCUUCAUUCUGGAAAUUCAGAUUUUUACAGGAUGUUUUUGGCAGGGGCUAGGGUUAAUUGACUCGUGGGAGUCAGGUUGUUUAAUGCUAUGCUAAUCCUGUUACAUUUUAGCAUCCUUGGCUGACUUACAUCUGACUAUGGAAAUGACCAUUUAUCCAAUAGCAGGCAUUAGUCUAGAAUGUGCUGUUAGAACAAAGGUGCUUAGUAAUACAAUUUAUAGCCUCAUAAAAGCAAAUGGUACUUUACUGACCAAGUUAUACAGUGACAAACCUAUGCCCUGAGGAACUUUAAAAAAGAAAGAAAUCAAAGCGUUCUUGAGUUGUUUUGUAAUACUUCGGAUAUUUUCAUAUUUACUCACAGUUCCGCAGCCUCUUGAUGCUAACAGCUGUUGACUGGUGCUACAUUGAAAUAAUUAAGCUACACUGUUUCAAACAUUUGGCGUGUCAAGCAUGUUCAGAAACUUGAGUGCUGGCAAGUAGCCUUCAAAUGCAAAUCCCUGCCGCCCACUUUUCUUCCUUUCUUCCUUGGAAACCAAAGGCAGUUGAUCAAGACGAAAAACAAACAUGCCAUAGUUAUUAUCUGGGAUUCAGCAUUUCUUUCACAGAAGUCACAAGGUUCACAGCUCUUUUCUGCUGGGACCAAUCCAUCUCCAUAUGGAAUGCAUAUGUUGCAAUGACAACUGGGGCAGGAAUUAGUUGGCUCUGUUUUCCUGCCUUUGGAGUGGCAGAAGGAAAGCUCUGUUACAAGCAGUUCCAAUAGCUUUAACAGAGGCCUGUACAAUGAAAUACCUUCUGUCAAUGUCUAUGUGUGGAAGCUUCUGAGUCACCAAACAGUAUAAAUCUGCUGAAUGCCAAUGUACCAACACGCAAAACAAUGCCUUCUUUAUUUUGCAUUGUAAGGAAGUAUCUAAAACAGCUGGUGCUUAUACCCUAAAACUGGAAGAAGCAGAUGCAUGUGCAAGAUGUGCUUAUUUUUGUAAUGCAUUUUUAAAUUUUUCAUUCACCCUUGCUGCUUUAUUCAGCUUUUACAGGUAAGAAGUGCAGGUCGUGGUUUCCCUUCUAUGAUCUGGGAAGAUAGCAGAUUUCAGAAUCACAGUCUCACACGAAUUCGCAGCUCUCCCGUUAUUUGCAGCUGACCUUGGGCAUCAGCCCUAAGACUGGAAUUGCACUUUAUAAAUGUGAAGAAUUAUUAGUACACUUAUCCAAAGCCACCAGUGAGUUUGUGGCAAGGAUUUGGCCAUAUCCCAUAAGUUCAGCAGUCAGUUCUGUGGAACCUUACUAUUUGAAAAUAAUCAGGUUCUGUAACGACUGCUAUUGGCAUUUAUGAAACAUCACCUGUGUUUUACUCAUUGAUGUGACUUAAUCUCUUGAGCCCAGAGUGUCUGUUUCAUGUGGGCAAAUUCUCACUGUGCUGUGUCCCUGCUCAUCUUUACAGGCCAUCCGAAGUUUCCAGGUUGCCUUGCAUAUCUGUCCACUAAGCUCUGAACUGUGGAAUGAAGACCUGUCUUGGGCGAGGAAAUUACAGCAGCAGAAGAAAGCAACCAAAGCUGAGACAGGGACGCAAAGCACGGCAUCUCAGGGAGAGACUUCAGAGGAAGCAAUCCCGGAUUACGAUUUUGAAAGUGACGAGAUAUUAGCGGUGUGUGCAGCCAUUGCCGAGAAAGAGAAAGCCACAUUGGCCUCUAAAACUGUUGUCAUUGUCUCUGCUUCCGGGGAGGUUGAGACGGUAACUGAAAAGAAGGAAUGUGCAACAACAACCCCUGACGGUACCGUUUUUAUCAAAGCACGGUAAAGGGCACCAACUCUGCUGAUUGACAGCCGUGCCUUUGAAAUCCUGUUUUCCAACUUUCCCCCAUGCUGUAGCCUGUUUUUGGAUCAUCUUGCACUGGAGUUCGUCUGCCCCCAACGAGUUAAGCUUCAGUAGCUGCAGUUGUUUCACUUUACUUCCUGAACCCCUCGCUACCGAUAUCUCAAGGUAGGGGAGAAAGGGCCUAGGGGCCACAGCAGUGCCCUGGAAAUAUGACAGAGCACUAUGGAGACAGAGGUGGCUUCUCCUGGACAUGUUGGGUUUCCUGAGAUGGAGAUGAUGGUUUUGAGCUGGAAGUUGGGAAAAUGUGCAUUCCUGGUCCCAUAAACAGCCCCUUGUUAGGUUUUCCUCCUCUGCCUUACUUUGUCGUUAUUCCUGUCAUGAGCAGGAGGGAAAAGGAGGCAGCACCAAAGGGACAGGAACACAAAACAAAGAAAGGGGAAAGGGUGGAGGCCAAGCCUCAAAAUGAUGCUUAGAAAAAAACUUACUGCACUACGUGGUAUGCCAAACAUGUUUCAACUUAAAGCCUCUGGCGACAAGAUCUGAUUUAAUCAGAUUCCCCUGUUACUGCAGCAGUUUAUGGUAUCAGAUGUUGCUUCUGAUACAAGAUGCUUCAAUUCUUUUCUUUUUUUAAAAAAAAUCCAGUUACAGAAGAAUUCCCUAUUUGCAGUUGAAUGGAUACACGUGAGGAGUACAGGGUGCAAAUUAUUCCCUUCCUUUCCUGCCAAGAAACAGGUCUUGUUUCUUCACAAAAAGUAGUGCACUGUAAAGUAACGGUCAGCAGAAGUUUGGAGUACAUAUAUUGUAGUUAUGACUACCCACAUAUGUUCAUUAACUGGAUUGCCCUGCUCGUCUUCUUGUUUCCGGGGUGUGGAACAAGUUGGGCACUAGGUUGUAGAAACAACUAGUUUUUACUACUGCAAUUUAAAAAUGAAAUGAAAUAGAAUCUGCAAAGAAACAAGAUAAAAUGCAAUGCCCUCCAUAAUAUUUGCCCUCGCGUUCAUGCCAUUUGUCCAAGUUGUUGGGUCAGGUUUGAUGAAAUUCUAGUAUAUUGAAUAAGGUGUAUGUGUAAGUGUGCUCUUUUCCGUAAAUUCCCUUGUAAUCUCAAACCAAAUUUCUUUGUAAAGAGCUCUGCACCACAGUAGCACUUCUCAGGUCACCCCAUGAAAUCUUGGUAGCCACGCUUAAUUUAAAAUUCUUUUAAAAAGCCAUUGUUGAGAAAUUGUUUGACAGCAAAAUUUGGAAUAAACUCAGUUACACAAACCUGAAUUAAUAAUCUUUUGAAUCAGUCCAUAACAGGUUGAAAAAAUUGCUUUUGUAAGGUCCAUUGAUUGUCGUAAGAUUCAUAUGAAAGGUUUUUCAUAUAGUUUCCCACAGAUCAAUGAAGACUUUGACUCAAAUCACCUUGUUCCCAUAAUAGUUCCACAUUUCUAAUUUACCUAGCCAUCACUUUAAUCCACCUAUUCCUGUGCAUGAUCACUCAGAGUAAGUCACAUUGAGUUUAAAGGGACUUAUUUCCAAAUAAAGGUGCAUAGGAUUGUACCCUAUGAGAGACUAGGAACCUGGGAGCUACAGUGACAUUUUUCAUCAACAACCUCAGGAGAAUCUAAGCUGCUGCUGGUGUCCUUGUUCCUGCCAGCUUGAACAUGGAAAGUGUUAUCCUGAAUUCAUUUAAGCUUACCAGAACUUUUUUGUUUCAGUGUUGUGACUUUCAUAUAUGCACCACAGUAUGAUAGCAAUUGAAUUAAAGAGAAUAGAAGAUCAAGACUUCCCUCUCAGAUAUGUAACUUCAUCAGAUAGUCUCAUGAAGAAGUAGCCGUCGGUCACUGUUCUUUAGCUACUGAUAUUUUAUCCAUUCUACUGGCUUUAUUCGUUUUAUCCUAAUUUCAUAUCCCUGAUUAUGCUUUGCAUGCCUAGGUUUGUCACUGAAUAUUCCUGUGUUGUAAUUAAAGUUUGCUUAAAAU